UUCGACACAGAGCCAGUACUCUACAGUCUCUGGUCGAGAAUCGACGUAUUCUCGAGUUACUAUGAAAAAUACGAUGAAUGGAUAUUAAAAUUAAUGUUUAUGUUUGAUGUUUUUAAGUGUUUUAGACAUUGGAAGUGAAGUGGUCUUUGUGAGUGGGUUUGCUUUUUAACCGUGUUUUUGUUUAAGUUGAGACUUGUGAUAAAAACUAACUGUUGCGUUCGGAUAAUAUUGGAAUAAGAUCUAUUCCAUAAUAUAAUCAGAGAGCUGCGACCACGCUGCAAGUGAAUCUGACUUACUCUUUAUUCUGAAUAACGAGGAUCUUCUCAAGAUGAGCCAAGACUCCUGUUAAGGUGCCUGAAACAAUAUAGUGAAGAUGGCAAAGGAGAUAAAAGAUGGCAGUGCCCUUAUAACAAAAAAGAAAAUUAGGCCCCGUAAAUCAAGAGAUGCAGAUUGUUGCAGUGUCAACUUCCUCAAAUGUGUUCUUCAUAUUUUUAAUGUCAUAUUCCUGGUGGCAGGUGUUGGUGUAUUCCUGGUGGGAGCAUGGACGAUCGCCACUCGACACAGAUUCGUGCCGCUGUUACCCACACCCACUUACCCUGCGAUAUCAUACCUUCUUUGCAUCGCUGGAGCUCUCGGAAUCCCACUGUGUGGACUUGGUUGUUGUGGACUCAAGACUGAGAAUAGAACCAGUUUGUUAUGUUACUCGUAUUUCCUGUUGAUCACGUUCAUCCUGGAGGCUGGAGCUGGUGGUCUGGCGUACUACUACGAGGUGGCUGUGGAGUACGAACUGGGCGCUCAGCUCAACCAAACGUUCAUCACCAACUACGCUCUGGACACCGUCGUUACUGACGCUGUUGACGCCAUGCAGCUUGAGUUCAAAUGUUGUGGCGCGUCGAAGUAUGUGGACUGGAGGAAGAGCGCGUGGCAUGAGCACGACCCGCGACUGUUAGUGCCUGACUCCUGCUGCAGGACGGUCACUCCUCGCUGCGGCAUGAGGGACCAUCCCUCCAACAUAUACUACCAUGGCUGUGUUCAUCAGUUUACAAAUCACAUCCGGGAGCACCUCAUCAUCCUUGCUGCAGUCGGUGUGGGCAUGUCCGUCAUACCAAUAUUCGGUUUUCUAUUCUCAUGCGUGCUCUACGUCAAAAUCAAACACGUGAUAGACUGACCCCGGCCUAAAGGCGCCGCCACAAACAACCGCAAAGUGUUCGACAAAUCGGCUUCGGCGAAUGAUUUGUCGAAACAGCCUAGUCACAGUUCGCGUCGAGCGCCGAAACCCAACGAAAGUUCGCGAACGAAACGGAGUCUCAGACGGAAUCCGUGUCCGUUACAUUCGAAUAGCGAAAAGAAAUAUCCCAUAUCUACUAUUAGCGACAAUGUUAGUAUUUAACUGUUGUACUGACAAAAUUGGGUUACUGACUAACCUCCAAGCAUGAAUUUUAAUUAAAUUUGAGGUAAUAUGUUUCGUCUAAUGAAAGUGAUGAUAAUUUAUGUGGCUAAUAUAGUAUCCUAAAUUCAUUUUUUACAAUAAAUAUAUAAAAUUAAUCAUAUUAGCAAAACAAUAUUUUCAUUAAACAUCUAGAAAAUAAUAUUAAAUAUUUUUUUGGGAAAUGCUUAUCUUUAAGUUUUGGGAAGAUUUGUGCACUCAGACUUUAGACCAUUUAUACGUCUAAAUCGACCGCGACUGCAGUGAAAACGUCAUCCAUAUUGGGUUUGUAGUUUUGUUUUGAAAGAGUAACAGAGCUAUUUUCUUGGUUAUAUUAGUGCUUGCAUAAUUUACAUUAAUACAACAUUCUACAUUUGCGUUAAUCUAGAUAAAAAAAUUGAGGUCGACUGUUAACCUCUAUUUUGAGCAAUGCGCGCACACUAACGCAAUGUGCCAUACAAAUCGCGAGUGUAAGACCUGGCUUAUCACGCACACUAAAGUAAUAAACCUGGCCUGUUUUCAUGGGUUGUCUAGCAGCAAGAAAUAUUGACAUAUUUUGUUUGCAUCAAAUGCAAAACUAUUUCUCAUGCAAAUCUAUUACCUAAUUAAUUAAAAUUCAGGCAAAUUAAUAAUAUUAAAUUGUCUUGUAGGACGGGUGUUGUAGAUCGUAAGGAAAUUUUAUAAAUAUUUAAUGCUACGAAAUCUCAUAAUAUCACAAAAAAGGUGUUCAUGUUAGAAAUUGAUAGAUAUAAAUAUGUAUAGUGUUGUCUGUAGCCGCAACUGUUAGGAAGGAAACGAAUUUAUGUUUUAUUUAUAACUAUAAUGUCAUUUAAAUAAAUGGUUACUUAGUUGAUGAGAUCCGGUUUAACUUAAGAAUUUUACAUUGAAUGACCUCUAAAAUAAUUUAAAUAUCUAGUUUUGUUCAAUAUUUGGACAGUGAAAGAAACAGAAAAAAACAUUCAUACAUUUUUUUUUAUUUAAUCAAGUAUUCGGCUGAGAUCUUUAAGGCGUAAUUAAACUUUGCUCAGAUUUUACUUACGUAAAACUUUGCUUGAGUGUUAAAAUAAAACACUUUUAAAGGAUUUAAACGCGUGUUAUUGUAACUGUGUUUUUGCAUUAGAUUUUUGCGUAAAAGUUAUAUUUUUAUUAUUAUUUUGGUUAACCCGACUUUUCAAGACCUUUCCAGAUCUCGUUUUUAGGGGGAUUGUUUUAUUUAAAUGUGUAACUAUCGCGUUAAUCAAAGAACUAUUUGUUGAGUGUUAUAAAACGCGAAGUUAACUUUUGUAUUGGCCUAUCUUAGCUUAUCCGGUCCGGUAUCCACUAAAGCGGAAAGGAGAGGAUUUAAGCCGCAAAGCUCUCAGGCUUUUUCCACCAAAGCAGAGAGGAGAUGUGAGCUGUGAGAAAUCAGUCAAGUGAUGUCUUCGAAAGGAAGACGUCAUCACGCCCGCCUACACGCAUCUCCGCCCUAAAAUAAGACAUCUCCUCUCCUCUCCGCUUGAUUCAUUUCCACCGAUGUUAAGCCGAGAGGAGAUAACGGAAUCUGAUUGGUUAUCAAAAUAUAUCUCCUCUCCUCUCCGCUUUGGUGGAUGCCGAGCCUAAGCUCAGCAUAAUUUCAGCUGUCAAAUGACUUCUUCUCAAUCGGUCACUCUUGUUGUUGUGGUUGCUAAGAUUGUGCAACAUUAGUCGCCGUUGGUCUCCUUAUUUUUGGGUCGCACUGCCUCCCACGCUAUCCUCCUCCACUUUUGACGUUUUGUUGCAUUGCGGGAGCACUCCACCACAGGUGUCUGGGUCACUUCUUUGAUAAGAUCCGUCCAUCGCGUGGGUGAGCGUCCUCUUGGUCUUUUCCCCUCCACCUAGCCCCGAACUAUCAAUCGAUCCUUCAUUUCUGGAGAUGUGACCCUAGAACUUCAGAAUUCGUAGUUGCACAGUCGACGAUAGCCUUUCUUUUAUCUUCAGUUAUUUUAAGAUGGGAUUGUUGAUUUCGAAAGCCGUCCAAGAGAUCUUUAGGAGUCGCCUCCAACACUACAUCUCUAAGGCAUCAAUUUUGCGGCGGUCAUGCAGUCAAGGGGGCCAGGUAUCAGCCCCGUAGAGGAAGAUUGGAUACACAAGCCUGGCGUUCCUUCUGUCCUUCCAGAUCUUAUUGAGCUUCUCUACCGCAGACCUGGUUAUAGCAAGGUAGGUGUAGGUUGGCACCACGUCUUAGUUGGCAAUGCGUUGAAAUUCUACUCUGUUUUUAUUUACGCGGUCUACGACCAUCAUCUUGGUUUUAACUCUGUUGAUGGCUAGUCCGAAUUCAAGGCACAUUUCCAAACGUAUUAGUAGUUCUUCAAUAUCUUCCUUUGUUUGGGCAUGUAGUGUAUUGUCAUCCGCAUAUCUGAGAUUACAAAAUUUCCGCCCUCCGACAGAUAUGCCUUUAUCCCAGUCUUCCAGAACAAUCUACAUUAUGUGCUCGGUGUAAAUGUUAAAUAGUAAUGGUGAAAGGAUAAACCCCUGUCAAAUGCCAGCCUCGGUUUUGAAAUUCAUUUCAUCUUUAUAGUGAAAUGACUAUAAAAACGAAAUUGAAGAUUAUGCUAAGCUUACACUCAGGUAAGUUUCAUGUAAGUAAAGUUUGAGUACAAUUUAUAGAUCUCAGCCUUAAACUUCACAUAAUUUCUUGAAGAACAGUUAGUUAUAUGACAUUAUAGUUAGUAUUUUAUACAAAGGUGCUAUGUAUUUAGUUGUUAAUUUUGUUAAUGUAAAUAUAUUAAGACAUUUCUCAGGGUUACUUGAGUACAGAUUUCCGUGAUAACAUUUGUCGAAAAAUGUUAUGAGAGGUAGGCUAGGUAGAUAUAAUAUAUUAAUUCACUAUAAUCCAAAUAAAAUUGGAAUUUUAAGAAUGUCCAUCACAAGAGUUAAUAUAAUUACCUUUUAUUUACAUCAUAAUAUUUCCGUCACGUGGUCUAGAAUCUAGUCGAACAAUACAUCAAAUUUACAUAAUAACAUCUUCAUGACCCUACAGUAAAACGGACUUAAUUCAAUUAUUUAUAGUGUAAAUAUCUGUGAAAUUUUGUACCUAUAUCUGUUUUUAGAAACUUAUAACAUUAUUUUUAGAGUUCCAUACCCCAAGGCUAACCAUGAGUAACGCUAUAUUAUCUGAUUGUUAGGCAAUAAUUUAAAGUAAUGUUUGUGUGUGUUUCUGUUGCCUUGUAUACCAAAAUGGCGGCCAUUGAAAAUAAAAAUAUUGCUGCUUUAGCAUAAAACUUCUUAUCAAUAAAAUAAGUGAUGUUACGUCUUGCACGAUGGUAUAGACCUCUUCAUAUGCGAGUGGAACUCAUAUAAUAUAUUGCUGUAUAUACGGCUACUCUGCUUAUAUGUAUUUCUGUGCCCUUUAUUGCAUUCAUGUAUAGGGUUGCCACUCGUACUGUAAAUAGAGUAUGCUAAAAUACUCUUUUAAACAAUGUUUACUAUACUAAUAAUGCCAAUCAUGUAAUAUAAGGCAAACCCAUUUUAUUUUUAUAAUUAUAGUAUAUUUAAAAGUAUUAAAAUAGGUGAUACUUUUUUCUGGAUGUCCGCACUCUUAUUUUUCUCCUUUGGAAGAUAAGAGUGCGGACAGAGCGACUCUAUUUCUUUUAAUAAAACGUGGCAACCCUGUACAUCUGUCCAAUGUUCUUACCAGCAUAGGUCAAUGUAAUAAUGUCGUACCAUCAAGGUCAUAUUUUUUACAUCUAAGUAAUAUCUCGCCGUCCGCGUCGAUUAAUCUGUUUUAUUUGGAAUUCAAAUACAACAGGUAUAUGAAUAAACCCAAAUGAAAUAAACUAAUUGUAAAAUGAAUAAUUCAUGUUAAAAGUUUUGUGCAAUAAUGUAUUUUGUAUUGCUUUAGUGUAAAAUUAAAAAUUCUGCUAUAUUAUUAGUCAUGGCAAAAUCUGUUAAAGCUUCGUUGGAAAAAAAAAACGUUGAUUAUGUUUAAUAAUAUUUUAUUGGUAUCAAGAUACCAACGACAGAUUAAUAAAAAUACGCUAAUGAUUUUUUUAAUUUAAAAAUUACCUUGAUAGUUGUAGCAGGGCUUAUAUUGUCUCCAGCCUAGCGAAACUCUCUAAGAGAAAAUCGAUUCACUCAAUUGUAUGAAACGUGCAGUCAUUGAUAGAUGGACAGAUGAUGUCUAUAAUCUUCAAACUUAGCCGGAUUAUACUUCGUCGCCAAUCGCCAUACUUUGUCAAAUGACUGCACGUUUCAUACUAAACUAAAUUUCAAUUAUCACUUAGGUAGUUCCGCCUCUUUAAUACGUAGUGUUUACAUCCUCUUUGAUGCGCUCUUGCGUUCAGCAAAUGCGCUUCACUUAAAGGUCUUAGUUACCAGUUCAUAAAAUCCCAAAAAAAAAAUCAGCAAAUGCGAAAUACGUUAGUGGUCUGGUCGUUAUUUUCCUUUAAAAAAAAGUAAAUUUCAAUAAACGUCAUCACGGCAAUCUGUACAAGAAAAUAUUGUUUAAAAAAUAAAAUAUAACCAAAGCUAAUAAGUGCCUUAUUU